UUUGUGCGUGCAUCUCCAGCUUCUUGCGUCGCUUUAAAAGGCGUGGUGAAUGCUGAAACGUAUGCGCUUUUCAGAGGGAGAAGUGCAUUCCGAGGGACCGAACAGCUCUGGACUCAGCAGUCGAGCGCUGCCCCUUUAAGGAAGAGGGGGGUGCCUGAAUUAGUUUAUUGUACUGUACAAAUAGGUGGAUAAUCUGUACUUCGACACUACUGUUCAUUCCGAACUACAAUUCAUCCAGUCCCGCGCUAACAUUAAACAACACAGCCACGCCAGUUGCCUAUGGACCGUGGACACUGGAACCUUUUAUGUAAUUGUAGUGUUUUAUUAUUUGUUUUGUAGCUAUUUCAGUUGAGAAACCAUGGCUUCUGACGAGCUGACAUCGAAGCUUAGCCGGCGUCUGCAGAUCGAAGAAGGCGGACAGGAGCCGGUGGCGAUCCAAGCGCGGCAUGAAAACGGAGGCGAGAAGCCGGCCACGGCUAACGCCGACUCGGAACUGGGAGCCAAGCUGCUCCGCCGGGGGGAGUUGAACGACGGAGUGGGAGAGCAUCACCAGCCCAGCAUGAAAGUGUUCAACCCCUACACCGAGUUCAAGGAAUUCUCCAGGAAACAAAUCAAAGACAUGGAAAAAAUGUUCAAACAGUACGAUGCCGGGAAGGACAACUUCAUUGACCUGAUGGAGCUGAAGCUGAUGAUGGAGAAGCUAGGAGCUCCACAGACCCACUUGGGCCUGAAGAACAUGAUCAAGGAGGUGGACGAGGACUUUGACGGCAAGCUCAGCUUCAGAGAGUUCUUGCUGAUCUUCCGGAAGGCAGCGGCAGGUGAGCUUGCAGAGGACAGCGGGCUGCACGUCCUGGCGAAGCUGUCCGAGAUCGACGUGUCCACCGAGGGAGUGAAGGGAGCCAAGACCUUCUUUGAGGCCAAAGUCCAGGCAAUCAAUGAGUCGAGCCGCUUCGAGGCAGAGAUUCGCCAGGAGCAGGAGGAGAAGAAGAGACAGGCCGAGGAGAAAAAACAGAGACAAGCCGCGUUCAGGGAGCUCCAGUCAGCCUUCAAGUGACGGCCACGCCCUGCAGCCGUGCUUGCUCUGUAUACUCUGUCUGUCUGUCCAUCUGUCGGUGUUCCUGCGUUUCUUUUCCAUUUUUUUAAAAAAGAGAAUAUAUCUUUGAGAAAACUAUAUGCAAAGUCUUGGGGGCUCAUCCACACUGCACUGGGCUGGAGGUGCGGAGGAAGUGGCUGAGUGUAACAGUCCAGUUUAUCCAACUUGUUCAGCAAGCUGACGAGAAUCUGUACUGUUUCCGUGAGAGAUAUAGUCAAGAACGACGAGGCCUUCAUUCAUUGUAUUAGUACAGUAGUAGUGAUCCUUGUAAUGUGUUUCCUCAAUUGUAACAGUAAAUAUUACAAUUACAGUUUAUUGAGACACUCAGAACAAUCCUUUGCCCUCAAGAGCUGGAGUAUCAUGCUCCUUGUAGGCGUGUUUUCUGAAUUGGAUUCCCUGAUAAAUCCUACUGCUGAUCUGAAUUCAAUGGAUUGGACAUGCCCAAUUCCCUCUGAUAUAUUAUUUGAUUGUGAAGUUUUUUCCUUUUAGCAGAGAAUUGAACCAUUGUUCUCAGAGAAAAGAGCCAAAAGACUAAAUCAAAAGACUAAAGAAAGAGACUAAUAUAAAAUGAAAAAGUUUUUUUUAAUUAACAGUUAAAUGCAUUAUUAUUUCUCCAACUUCCUAGAAUGUGUUUCAGACAUGUGAAUAUAACUACUUUUGACUAAGGUGUAACAAAAAAAAACAACUUUUCAGUCUGAAUAGAAAGUAAGGGUUGAUCUGAGAUUUAGAUGUGACUAACCCCCAUACUGAGAGUCCAGUCCAUUGUAUUUACAUCAGUGGAACUUGCUCAUUGUUUGUAAUGUCAUUUCCUGUGUGAACAGGAAGCGCUCCAUGAAAAAUAAACAGGUAACACUGGCUGCUCUGACCUGCUUCAGCUAGCCAGAGCUGGUGUGCUGCUGCCGUAGGAGAGAGCACAUGAACACCCAUCUGUGCAGACACUUGGUGACCAUCCAUUGCAAAUGCUUCUAGUUAAAUGAUCAACGCCUAAAAACACCAGUUAUAUUUUUUAAUGUGAGUGGGAGGGAGGGGGGAGGACGUGUUUUUGCAUGCAUGGUGGUGGUGGUGGUGGUGGUGGUGGUGGUGAUUUUGAGCAGUACGUGUGUGUUUUGCAUGGUCGCCGUGCGGUUCUGAUAAUCCUGACCCUGAUGGUACGCUAACAUGAGUCUCCUCAGCCACUCUGUCUGCCUUAGGUCCAGUUUGAGCUCUUUGUCAACAUUUUAGACCAAGACCCCAUUGCUAUACUGACCUCAGCCCUGAAUUACCACUGCAACCAGCACUCAAUGAAGAGUAAUACAAGCAAUUGUAUCAAAGCAACAACUGAUCCAAGCAAUUUCAAAUGAAACCAUCUAUUGGCAUUAAAAAUGCCUUGUGACAAAUUUUAAAACAAAUUUAAAAAUAUAUUUUUUAAAAUUCCCAUUGGAUGACAAAUAAUCAAACAGUGACCUAACUGUCCUUGCUGACAGAGCAAUCUAUGUGCUAGGUUUUGGGUCUGGCAGAGGGGGACAGGGUGGCAAGUUUACUAACCUAGGAAGAGUGUCAGCAGCCACGCCAUCAGUACUGAGCUCAAUGCUUCCUGUUCUGUGUUUCCAUGUGACUGUGAAAUAUCUUUGGGGAAGGGAGGGGUGGCUUAAUGAUGUGACCUACCUAGCUCAGUUGUGCUGUUUGAGCUCUGUGUGUAGCUUGCCAGUGUUGUGUCUCGCCAGUUGCCAUUGUCAGGUGUCUGCCGUGAUGCAGAGUUCCAAAAUGUGAGGUGCGCCCUCUCUCUGCCACAGCAGAAACUGCAGCCCAUAUGAGAAUUAGAGCCCCUGUGUUUUGUGCAUUCAUGUGGUAUAAUGCACAAAAUCAAUGCUCCAUUUUCCUUCGAAAAACAGUUGGCUGUGUAGACAUGCCAGUUUCCCACUAGUGCAGAACCUAGAGUAUGCCCAAUUAACACGCUCCUAUGGCCUCCUCCAACAGUGACUUUACCAGACUGCGGUGUUCAAAGACAGCUUUAAUAUGCUUAAAGGUUUUAGACUGUGUAAUACAAAGAUAGCUGUACUGUAAGCCUUUAGUCUGAAAUCUGUAUCUGUAAACUGAAGUCUCAAAUUUGCAAGGCAGAGCCUUGGAACUGACUUGGGUAUUUAGAUUUUAUGAAAUAGUUGUAGUUUUGCUUUUUAAGUUUUAUUUAAAAAAAUAUAAGGAUAUUAUAAAGACAGUUUCAACACCUAACUCUCAAACUUAGUAAGAAAAAUGGGAAACUGUUCUCCAGCAAAAAAACAAUGAGGGAUCUUUUAUUUUGAAACACAGAGGAUUGUUGAAUGCCAAUAUGUCAUUUUUUGCUUCCUAUAUACCCACACGGAGCUGAUAGAGGUGGUUCUGGAGGUUGCAUCAAAGAGAUAAUAAAAAAGAAAUCUGGCAGCACAACUUGGCACAGUGGAACUGAGGGGUGGUGUAUAAAGAAUAAAGUAUUUUUUCAUGACAAUAAAAUAAUUAAAAAAUGCUUUUAGUUUUGUACAGUAAUAGGUUCCAUGUAAGGCAAAAGAUUCUUGUUCUUUCUUUCUCCCAAAGGGGCACCCACUUCAAGCUGGUCUCUCACCAAAAUAUACACAUCUGUCAGAAAUUUCCAGCAAGCGAAAUUUCUGACUGUUGUGGUUCUGUGUCUGUUCUAUAAAUAUUGUACUCAAGUGAGACUGGGAGGCUAGGUUGUGGGCGGCACUUGUGUGUCACUCUCUGUUGUCAUUCACAUGUCUUCAUACCGUGGUCUCCUCUUGGGAGAGGCAUUUAUUUCAAAGCCAGCCGGGUGGAUGGCCAUGGUGGGAAAAAAAAACAAAAAACUAUGCAAACAGGGGAUUCUUCUGCUCAGACUGCAUUGGAGCAGAAAUGUGCUCACAAUAUGCUUUCUGCCAAUGUCAUUACUGCAUUCUGUUCACAUUUACACAAAAUACGCAGCCAGCUCCAUUUUCAGAUCGCUGGCAGUACUUGUAUGUGGAUGCGGCACUCCCUCUAAGGAGAGGUGAUGCAAUCUCAGAGACCAUGCGAUGCAGGUGAAAGAAUCAGAAAUUACAUCCUCUAAGGGGAAGUGAUGUCAUAUAAAGGAGACCAGGCAAUGCAGAUGAAGGGAAGGGUGUGAAACUCAAUCUGACACAUGGCUGGCCUGAAAGCUGCCUCAUUGGGAGGCCUUCUUUGUCAUUUGUCCUCAUGCUGAUCUCCUUCACAUCUUCAUAAAUACCAUGGGAAAAUUGUGCCAAGUACUGUAACUGAUUUUAUCAGCUUCUGUCUUAUCUCCAUUCCGAGUUAAACAUUAAGAGUUGUUGAGGAUCAGUGUCAAACAGCAUUUCCCUGACUGUGUCCCUAACAGGGGCAAUCGACUCUACUCCCGAAGGUCUGAGCUGGACCAGGUCACCUAGUUAUAUUAUUGGAAAGUGUGGCACUGGUGUUCCAUGGCUAUCGUGAUGCCUGUAGCUCUUCUCUAUUCAUCUCAAAACUUUGACAUUGACAUUUGACGUUGAUUGGCCUCCAAAUUGGGAGAGGUGACGGCUGAACUCUGUUGAACGUCCUUGACCAUAACAAAAUAAUUGCAUGGUCUGGUCAUACAACAUAAGCCGCUGUGAGAUUGAAGUGUGACCUUCAGGAAAGUCCCAAUAAAAUCCCCACCAAGAAGUUACAAUGUGUCCUUUCUACAGCGCUGAACAGCUUUCUGGUAAACUCUAAAUACAAAAUGCAACAUUAAAGCU